AUGCUGCACAAAAAGAUAAAAUGAUUAUUAGAGGGGUGCAGAUGCAAUUUACUCAAAAGAUUAUUAAGCAAGCAUGCAUGUCCUUCUGAGUCUCCUCACCUUAUCUUAUAGUCCACCUACCAUAAAACACACACACACACGGAAACAGAGUCAGAGACUUAAGGAUUCACAGCGCCACUUUCUCCUUUUGAUCUCACAUAGGCAUAGCCAUUCAUCCAUGGCUGAAGCAAGCAGCACAGUGAUCAAAGCAACCAGGUAUGCAGUUGUCUCUGGGGCAAAUAAAGGGAUAGGCUUUGAGAUAUGCAGGCAGUUGGCUUCACAUGGCAUCACAGUGGUGUUGACUGCUAGAGAUGAGAAUAAGGGGCUUCAAGCUAUCAACCAACUCAAAGGCUCCGCCCUUUCUGAUCAUGUGAUUUUUCACCAACUUGAUGUGACUGAUUUAGAAAGUAUUUUUUCACUUGCUGAGUUCAUCAAAUCCCAGUUUGGAAAGCUUGAUAUCCUGGUGAACAAUGCAGGGAUUAGUGGAGCCAUUUUCCAUGUUGAAAAAAUUGAAGCUGUUGGACCAUUUAUACGAGAAGCCAACGUAAACUGGGAUGACAUAGUAACUCAGACAUAUGAAGCGGCAGCAGAAGGCUUGCAGACAAACUACUAUGGUGCAAAAAGACUGUCUGAAGCACUUCUUCCCCUUCUCCGGCUUUCUGAUUCACCUAGGAUUGUAAAUGUCUCCUCUGCAAGCGGGAAACUAAAGUAUAUUACCAAUGAAUGGGCCAAAAAGGUACUAACCGAUGCUGAAAAUCAAGAGAGUUUGGACCAAGUGCUGAAUGAGUUUCUCAAAGACUUCAAGGAGGGCAACUUGUAUGUAGAAGGCCAGCCUGGAGUUCUGGCAGCAUAUACAAUCUCGAAAGCAGCCAUGAAUGCACAUACCAGGAUUCUUGCAAAGAAACAUCCUGGUUUUCGGAUAAACUCCGUCUGCCCUGGCUAUGUCAAGACAGACAUCAACUGCAAUACGGGCAUACUGACAGUCCAAGAAGGUGCUGAAAGUGUUGUCAGGCUCGCCCUACUGCCUGUUGAUGGCCCGUCUGGAUUGUUCUUUGUCCGAAACCAAGUGUCAUCUCUGGAGGAAUGAAGUUGAAACAUCUCCACAAGCAUGAGGUUGAGGCCCAUUUUAUUCAAACCCAACAUUUCAACUCCUAUAUAUGAUCAAUUCCACAGAAAAAACUGCUACAUUGGGCCGUUGGUCUCCCCUCUUUUAUUCAUAAAAAAUGAAAUAAGAAAAUUUGAGGUC